AUGACAUCAGACUUUUUGCAGACAUCCGUGAAUUCUGAAGAUAAAUUAAAGGAUGAUGCCAUCAAAAAUGACAAGCCUUAUAAGGUCUUCUUCAAAGAUAUCUUUUUUUUCAAGGAGAAUGAAAGGGCGGCAAGGAAAAAGGAAAAAUUGAUGAAUCAGAACAUGAAAAUCCACCAGAAGUCGACUUUUUCCUCCCGAAUGAAGAGUCGCUCCCACCUGAACCAGCUGGGUUUUUAUGGGGACAGAAGUGACAGCUCCUUGGAGAAUUUCGGGCUGGAUCCCACUCUGAUUCUCCGACUAGCAGAAGGUGCAGACACAAAAAAGACAGUUCGUGAAUUUAUCAAGGACCAACGAGACAGAUUUCUGCUUGAGUAUGCUCUGUUAACCAAAAGAAACGCCAUUGAAAAGUUUGAAAAACACAUAGCCAUGAAAGAAAAACAGCUCAUAAAAGCAGAAAAAAAGCUCCAAGAUGAUGCAAUGGCCUUUGAAGAAUUCCUUCGGGAAAAUGACCAAAGAUCCGUAGAAGCUCUUAAAAUCGCAGCACAGGAAACCAUAAGCAAGCUCCAAGUGACCGCAGAGCUCAAGAAAGCCAGUAUGGAUGUGCAGGCAGUGAAAAGUGAAAUAGCAAAGGCAGAGUUCGUGCUGAGGGAGUACAUGAAGUACGGGCUUUUCCUGCUGAAGUUAUCCCCGAAGCCUUGGCAGGUGCAGCAAGCCCUCAAGAGGGCGCAGGCGCCCAAGGGCAAGGAGAGCGUCAUCCUGCCAAAAUUAUUAGCAAAUUUCAACUUAAAUUCCAACAUAAAAGAUGGCGACCUGCAGGAGCCUGCGUUGCUGUCAGAAGGAAGACGGGGCCAAGGUUCUGAAGGCAAUUCAGAAAUGAAAGCAAAUGUGUUGAUAGAAAAUAGUUCAGAAAUCAAACAUUUCUCCCCCGUCCCCCUCUCUCCCUCGUGUAGCCGGCCUGAGAGUAUCAGUUCCGAAGACAGUCUGGAAUUCUUUCUCGAUGAAGACAUGGACGUUGAUCUGGAGCCCGAGCUUUAUUUCAAAGAGCCGGAAGAGUUACUCCAAGUGCUCAUGGAGCUGGAGGAACAGAACCUCACGCUGGUGCAGUAUUCCCAGGACGUGGAUGAGAACCUGGAGGAUAUAAACAAGCGAGAAAAGGUGAUCCAGGAAAAGAUAAACAGCAACGUGGAGUUCCUGCUGGAGCACAAAGCCAUGCUCAAGGCAAACUGCGUGAGGGAAGAGGAGAAGGCAGCAGAGCUGGAGUUAAGGUCCAGGCUGUUUAGUUUCGGAGAAUUCAAUUCAGAAGCCCAGGAAAAGCUGAUUGAGUCACUCAGCAGAAAGAUUAACCAAGUGUACAGGGUCUGCAUUGGGGAUGCAGAGGUUGGCAGUCUCAACCCAGUGCAGAAGCUGGUCAAAGUGGAGUCUCGCCUGGUGGAACUCAGUGACCUCAUCGAGUCUAUCCCCAAAGAAAACGUGGAGGCGAUCGAGAGGAUCAAACAGAAAGAACGGCGGCAAAAGUUACGUGAAGAAAAAAUGAAAGAGAAGCAGAAACAUCAGGAAGAAAGGCUGAAAGCUGCCCUGGAGAGAGCAGUGGCCCAGCCAAAGAAAAAGGUGGGAAGAAGACUCAUCUACCGUUCCAAACCUCCAUCUGCUAACAAACACACAGUGCUUCUCGUCAGCGACACGAGAACGAAGACCAUGGAGGAAGAGUACUUUUUUGCUUGAAUGGCAGACAGACAUAAGGUUACUAGGAUGCUUCAGGUGUAAUCUGUAGAUCUGGGCUUUCAGUAAUGGCAAUAUGCUGUUUCAUUUACUGUCCUAUCGAUCUGAGGAACAAAGGCCUUUU